AUGCUCGCGUCGUCGUCCUCCAAGCUCGCCGCCCGCGCGUCGCGCUCGCUGUUCACCAAGGCCAGCGCCAUGCCCAGCGUGGCUCUGAGCGAGGAGUUCCCGUCCGUGCCCAAGUCGCAGCCGCAGCCCGCGGCCGCUGCCAAGCUCACCACGUCGUCGGCCUCGUCCGGCCUGGCGCUGGGCUCGGACGACCGCGCCGCGGCCGUGGCCACCAUCGGCGUGCAGCUCAACACGGGCUCGCGCGACGAGACCGAGGAGACCGCCGGCGUCUCGCAGCUGUUCGCCAAGAUGGCGUUCCGCGCCACGCAGAACCGCUCGGACCUGCGUCUGUACCGUGACAUCGAGGCCCUCGGCGGCGUGGUGAACGCCCAGGCCGGCCGUGACUUCGUGCGCUACAGCGUGAGCGUGCUGCCCGACCAGCUGGAGGCGGCCGCCGAGAUCCUGGCCGAGACGACGCUGGCUCCCAAGUUCGCGCUCUACGACGUGGACGAGCAGAAGAAGGUGGUGCAGGCUGAGUUCGAGAAGAUCGCUGAGGACGCUUCGGCCUCGCUGCUCGAGGGCAUCCACGCCGCCGCUUUCUACGACGACGUGACGCUCGGCCGCCCUCUGGUCGCCGCCGAGAACCUCGGCGCGCUGAGCCCCGAGACGCUCUUCGCCUACUACGACAAGUACGUCAACACGGCCAACGCGGCCCUCGUGGGCGCCGGUGUGGCCCACAACACGCUCACGGACCUGGCCAACGCGUACUUCGGCGACCUGACCAAGGGCAGCAAGGCGGCCAGCGCCACCGCCAAGUACGUCGGCGGUGAGACCCGCGUCAAGAAGAACGGCAAGUUCACGCACGUCGCCCUGGCCCUGCCCACGGUCGGCCGCGACUCGGCCGACUUCGGCGCCUCGCAGGUGCUGCGCGCUCUGCUGAGCCUGCGACUGAACAACAAGAAGGCCUCGGCCUUCCUUUCCAGCUACAGCGACGCCGCGCUCGUGGGUCUGUCGGGCUACGCCGCCCCCUCGGAGGCUGGCGCUCUCGUGGACUCGUUCGCCGCCCAGCUCAAGAAGGCUGCUUCGGCCCCGGCCACCAAGGAGGAGCUGGCUGCCGCCAAGACUACGGCCGCGCUUGAGGCUCUGGAGCAGCAGAGCACGCUGAGCCGUGUGGGCCUUGCCGCCACCACGGGCGUCGUGCCCAAAUCGGCGUCGGAGCUAGUUGAGGGUGUGUCUGCCGCUAAGCUGCAGGAGCUGGCCCAGAAGGCGCUGAAGGCCACGCCGUCCGUGGCGGCCAUUGGCAAGCUGUCGACCGUUCCCCACGUCGAUGCGGUGGCCAGCAAGCUGCAGUAAACGACCAGUACGAUCGAUCAAGAGUGAGGUACAUACAUCAGUUUAGCAACCGGAGCUUUUGGUGGGGCAUGUUGAAGUGACCUUGGAUUGAAUGCGGAUUGACAGGACGGCGUCGAGUGUGGAAGGCAGAGGCGCGGUAGAACCCUCGGGUCAGGAAGGGGAUAUACAGCGCCGACGUACACGCCGCUAGCCUAGCGCCAAGGUGAUGGAGCGUGCGAAGAGCGCACUAAAUGCAAGAAAAAAAGAACUUUUUA